AUGUCAAAACAUCACGAUGAUUCAAUUGAAACUAUUCAUCACAACGAAGUUGCUCAUGACAAACAACUUAUGGAAGAACAUAUUUUGUCACAAAGGAUGAGUCAAUUAUCGGCAACUGCGACAAAUGAAACGGAAUUUAUUGUCAAAGAUAUCAAAAAUAUAGUGGAGAAAAUUCCAAAUUAUUUAACGAAACAGAAUAAAUCAUUUGAACAAUUAUUAGAUCAAGCAUUAUCAACGCUGACAAUAGAAACAUUGAAUUUUGAAAGAGAUGAAUUACGAAAAAUUGCCAUUCUAAUCUAUAAAACAAUACUCAUUCAAAUAUAUCUACGUUUAUGGACAGUUUAUUUAAAAUCAGGUAUGGGACGAUUAAUAAAUCAAUUUUCUCAACAAUCGCUGAUUUAUCCAACUGAUUUACGAAUUUGGCCAAAAAAAAUUAAAACCAUUGAUUAUAUACAUGAACUUAGUAAACAAUUAAAACAAUAUCAAAUUGAGUUGAAUAUCAAUACAAACAACUGCAAAUAUUAUACACCAGUAUUAGGAGAAAUAUUGGAAAAAUAUAUUACAGAAAAUCUAUCUUCUUUAAAUUUGGAAAUUGAUCAUAAAAUAGAAAUUCUUCAGUAUGAUUAUCAAAUUCAAGCAUUGAAAAUAGAAUAUCUACGCCAAAAACCAACUCCGACUCAAGAAUUAAAAAUGAAACAACUUUGUCAUAGUAAGUAUGAAGAAGAAACCGCACAACAGGAAUUUGAUUUUCUACGCAAACAAAUGGAUUAUUAUAAUUCACCCAGUCAAGGUUUUAAAUAUUCACCUAUAGCUGAGUCAACAUUAAUUAAUUCUAUUGAAAAUCCAACGAUUAGAAAACAAAUAUUCGAUCAAUAUAAAGAAAUCGCCGAGCAAGCCCGAGCACAAUUGUUCGCUUUGUACUUGAAAACUGCUAAAGAACAAAAAGACGAAUUUAAAAGAAAACAUAAUGCUGAUAUCAAGAAACUCUGGUCUGAUCAACGUGGCCCUAUUGAGAAUAAAAAGCUGUCUUCAAUAAUGUUGAAUCUUCUCAGUGAACGUUGUAAUAAAAUUAGCGAACGAAUUAAAUCUAUAUAUAAAUUUAAAACUCAAUCGAUUCCUGCAACAUAG